AUUAAAAUCUUGGAGAUGCAGGUGUUCACCGAUCACCUUGAAAACUUAUCAUAGGUGAAGCAGGUGUCCGAUUAGAUACUCUGCCGUAUAUAUACAGCAGGUUUCCCUAAACUAAAUCACAUUACCUUGUCACCAAAGUAAGAAGCAAACAUUGGAACAGUAGAAGACACAAUGGCAUCUCUGACUUACGUCUUGGUCUUCGCAGCGUUCAUCGUCGCAGCUUCCUGCCAAUCAACUCCAUUCAGUACGUGCAAGCAGGGUGCACCGCCAUCAGAUGUCAGAAUAGCCGGUUGCACGAAAGCUCCCUGUUCCUUGGUACGCGGUACCAACGCAGUCGGAGAGUGGGACUUCGUUGUCUCCGAUGACACCGCCAAACUGACUCCUCGUGUACGUGCGACUGUCUUGGGACUGACUGUCAACUACGACAUCGGUCAAGAAAACGCCUGCGACACCUUGACCAACGCCGAGUGUCCAUUGGACAAAGGCGAAGAGGUCACCUACGCCCUCAGCAUGCCCGUACUUGAAUCCUACCCCAAGCUGUCGCUGACCAUCGAGUUCGCCUUCUUGGACGAAAGCAAAAACGUGCAGACGUGCUUCAAGAUCAAGGCAAAGGUCGUCGAUUAAAUGGUAGCUCGCAAAAUAAAUAAAUCGACACUUCCAGGAGACUCUGCUGGAAAAGAAACGAUAUUCUAAUGACGAUUAACGAUGCUUAUAUAAUUGGCUAAAUUAAAUUCAAGAAAAAUAAAUAAUCACCCUUCAACCAA